AUGGCUUCCUCAUCUUCGUCCAAGUAUGAUGUGUUCCUGAGUUUCCGAGGGGAAGACACACGAGAUUCGAUCGUCAGCCAUUUGUACGCAGCACUUACUAGCAGGGGACUUGUUACCUUCAAAGAUGACAAAAAGUUUGAGAUUGGCGAUCACAUUUCUGAUGAACUCCACAAAGCAAUACAAGGUUCAGAUUUCGUUGUCGUGGUUCUCUCGGAGAACUACGCUACUUCCAGGUGGUGCUUGAUGGAGCUCCAAUUGACGAUGAAGCUUUAUAGUGAGGGAAGACUUGGUACCAACAUCGAGAGAUGGCUGAUAAGGUUCCUCUGUGGAGACAAGCUCUUAAACUCGUCGCCGAUCUUUCAGGCAUUGAAUCCAAACUCUGAUUUGAAGAAAGUUGGAACUGUGUCCAUUGAUGAGGCAGCUAUGGUUGGGAAAAUUGCCCAAGAUAUUUCAAGACGCAAGGCAUUGAUGCGUAAUAUAGACUUUAAAAGUAUUGUUGGGAAGGAUACUCAUAUGCAAGGUCUCAAGUCUCUCUUGGACAUGGAUUCCAAUAAUGAUGAGCUCUCACUUCAGUUUGAAGCUAGCUGUUUCACAGAAGACAUCAAGGGUAUUUAUAGAGACAUCGAUCUAAUGCAUUUACAAAACAAACUUCUCUACACUAGCCUCGGUGAGAAUAUUAGUCUGUGGAGUGUAGAAGCUGGAUGCGAUGAAAUAAAGGCGAGACUUAGGGGCAAAAAUGUUCUUCUUGUGCUUGAUGGUGCGGAUAAAAUCUCCCAGGUGCAUGCCCUGGCGAAAGAGAUAAGCUGGUUUGGUUCUUGGAGCCGAAUCAUCAUAACCACCAGAGACAGAGGCUUGCUCAAUAGCUGUGGAGUAAAAACUAUUCAUGAGGUUAAGUGUUUGGACGAUGAGAAUUCCCUGCAGAUGUUUAAACAAAUUGCUUUUGAAGGAGGAAGUCCUCCUUCCGAAGAUUUUGAACCGCUCUCAAUCCGAGCAGCUCGGCUUGCUCACGGGCUUCCUUCUGCCAUUCAAGCCAAUGCCUUAUUUCUCCGCGGAAGGGACAACUCUCCUGAAGAAUGGGAAGAAGCAGUAUGUGGACUUGAAAGUUCCCCUGACGAGAAUAUAAAAGAAAUAUUGAAACUUAGCUACGAGGGCUUAUCAAAACAAUAUCAGAAAGUUUUCCUUCAUGUUGCGUGUCUCUUUAAUGGAGAAACUUACCAGCGUUUGGUCGAACAAAUGGGAAGGCAAAUUAUGCUUGACUGUCAAAAAUUCCUUGGGGAUCCUGAGGAAAUACAUAAUGCACUGGUUCAUGGAGCAGGUACAGAACUGACUGACUUAUGCAUUGUCGAUGAAGACCAGUUCAAUCCACUUUUUCUUGUUGAACUCAAUCUGCGUCACAGCAAUGUAGAAACACUCUGGACUGGAAAUCAGGGUUUCAUGAAUUUGGAGAGACUAGACUUUACAGGAUCUAAUAAACUCAAACAACUACCAGAUCUUUCAUAUUACAAGAAUCUUGACAGGUUGAUUCUAGAACAAUGCACGAGACUGAAAGGAAUUCCGGAGUCCAUUGGAUAUAAGUCUAGCAUACGUAGGCUUAAUCUAUCAUACUACGGUGGGCGUGACAGUCCCAUGCGUGUUGGUAUAGAGACAAUAAAUGGGACGCAAGCCACGCAUUGUAUCAAACUGGUGUUCCCAACAAAAAGAGUGGAGAUGGAACUUAAGCACAUAUCGAUCACAGGAGACAUUGAAUUUCGUUUUUCUGAAAAUUGUGAAGGAUAUGCUGAAUACUUCUACAUUAGUUCUGAGCAACAAGUCUCUGUUACAACGACGAUGAGUGUUCAUCUAGCUCCAAAGAGAAUGUUAUUGCCUAAAGAGAUUGGUCACUUGGAAUUCCUAGAAAAGCUGGACUUGAGCGGAAAUGAUUUUAACUACUUACCAGCAGAUACGAGUAGUCUUUCCCGGUUGAAAACUCUGCGGCUUCGAAACUGCAGAAAACUCAAGGAAUUGCCCGAGCUAGCUCAGGUGCAGUCAAUCACUCUUUUUAACUGUAGAUCAUUGGUGAAACUCUCUAAUGCAAGUCGAGAUCCGGGCAGAUACUGUUUGCUUGAGCUUUGCCUUGACAACUGCAAGAAUGUGAAGUCAUUGUCGGAUCAGCUUAGUCAUUUCACCAAGUUGACAUAUUUAGAUAUCACCAACCAUGAUUUUGAGACACUACCGUCAAGCAUCAGAGGUCUUACCUCAUUGGUAACUCUCUGUCUCAAUAACUGCAAGAAACUCAUUUUAGUGGAAGAAGGCCUCCAGUUUCUCUAUGCACACGGCUGUGAUUCCCUUGAAGCUGAUGAUGUAAAACAUUUUAAUGAGACACGAAACAAACAGGUACCGGCACAGACGCGUAGUCCAUAUUUCCAAGAAACUGACAAAGCCACGAAGAGUCACCUGCUCAAGUUCCUACGCUGCUCCUAUUUCUAG